AUGGUGAGGACGGCGGCCGGCGCCGCGGAGGGGGCGGUGCGGCGGUGGGUGGAAGCCGCCGGCGGGCACCUAGUCCUGGACGGCGGGCUGGCCACGGAGCUCGAGGCCAACGGCGCCGACCUCAACGACCCGCUCUGGAGCGCCAAGUGCCUCCUCUCCUCCUCGCACCUCAUCCGCAAGGCAAGCCACCCUCCCACCCCCCAAAAACCCCACUCUUGGCUGGACAUGGACAUCCGGGGAAAGGUCCAUAUGGACUAUCUUGAAGCCGGUGCAAACAUUCUAAUCACGGCAUCAUAUCAGGCCACUAUUCAAGGGUUUGAAUCAAAGGGCUUUUCACAAGAGCAAAGUGAAAACUUAUUAACAAAGAGUGUUGAGAUUGCACUGGAAGCUCGUGAGAUGUUCUUGAAGGAACAUUUGGAGAAAUCCAUUCCUAUACAGCAUCCUAUUCUGGUUGCAGCAUCUAUAGGGAGUUAUGGGGCUUAUCUUGCUGAUGGCUCUGAGUACAGUGGGGAUUAUGGUGAAGCUGGUACAAAAGAGUUCCUGAAAGAUUUUCAUCGGCGGAGGCUUCAGGUUCUUGCUGAAGCAGGCCCUGAUUUGAUUGCUUUUGAAACGAUCCCCAACAAACUGGAAGCUCAGGCAUAUGUUGAACUCCUUGAGGAAUGUAACAUCAAUAUCCCUGCAUGGCUUUCCUUCAACUCAAAAGAUGGAGUGCAUAUUGUGAGUGGUGACUCAUUAAUUGAAGGCGCUACUAUUGCUGACAAGUGUGCAAAGGUUGGUGCGGUCGGGAUAAACUGCACACCUCCAAGAUUUAUUCAUGGACUGAUACUCUCCAUUAGAAAGGUCACGGACAAGCCUAUUCUGAUAUAUCCCAACAGUGGUGAAAGAUAUGAUGGUGAAAAAAAGGAGUGGGUGGAAUCCACUGGUGUAUCAGAUGGUGAUUUUGUUUCUUAUGUAAAUGAAUGGUGCAAAGAUGGGGCUGCGCUUAUCGGCGGCUGCUGCAGGACAACUCCAAACACUAUCAGGGCCAUACAAAGAACUCUAAACCAAGGCUUCAACCAGCAGCACUUACCUGUAGCAUAG